GCCGGAGUUCAGUAAAUACUGAUGAUGUCAUCGUCUGAAGAUGGCUGAAGGAGAAAGCUGGUGGGGAGGCUGGCUUCAGCAGAGCUUCCAGGCUGUCAAAGACAAGUCAUCUGAGGCCUUAGAAUUCAUUAAGCGAGACCUCACAGAGUUCUCAACUGUAGUGCAACAUGACACAACCUGCUCCAUUGUGGCUACAGCCACUGCUGUCAGAAACAAGCUUGCGGUGGAAAGUUCCUCUGAAACCACAGAAAAGGUUAAGAAGAGCCUCUCUAGUUUCUUAGGGGUAAUAUCAGACACGCUUGCUCCAUCCCCGGAUAAAACCAUCGACUGUGAUGUGAUCACAUUGGUGGCAACGCCAGCAGGAACUACAGAAGUCUAUGACAGCUCUAAGGCACGUCUCUACAGUUUGCAAGCCGACCCUGCUACAUACUGCAAUGAACCUGAUGGUCCUCCAGAGAAGUUUGAAAACUGGCUUUCCAACUUUAGUUUGGAAGAAAAAAAGGGAGAAAUCUCAGAACUCCUGGUCAGCAGUCCCUCCAUACGAGCCCUCUACACCAAAAUGGUGCCAGCAGCUGUAGCCCAUUCUGAAUUCUGGCAGAGAUAUUUCUACAAAGUCUUCCAGCUUGAUCAGGAGGAGGCAAGAAGAUUGGCUUUAAAACAGAGAGCAGAACAGACUGCAUAUGCAGAGACGUUGGGCUGGGAGGAGGAGGAAGAAGAUGACUUUCCCAGUGCAACUCCAUCAUCCCAACCUACCUUAACAACUAAGCUGGACAACAACUCAACCGACCUGUCCCUGACCUCGACAACUUCUCCUGAAACAAGUCUGCAUAGCGCCAUCCUGUCUCCCUGCGAAGAGCAUGAAGUCACCCUCUCAGUUAGCAGCGACAGCGUCAGCCAGCCAACACAAGUCGACAUGCGACCAGAGCCCGUUGCUGUGGAUCUGGCCAAGAAACUGACAGAAGCUAGCUUGGAAGAUUUUGAAGUCAAGACGCAAGAAAAGCAGAAGCCUGGAAAGAGGGACUUACCUCUUGAUGUUCGAGAGGAGGCUGGAACCCUGCCAGAGGUUAAUGUUGAUGAGGCAUCCCCAAGGACUCCUGCCUCCAUCCCGAAACCAGAAGUAACAAAGGAAGAUGGGCCACAGGACCUGAGAGUGUUUGAGCUAAACUCUGAUAGUGGAAAAUCUACACCCUCUAACAAUGGCAAGAAAGGGUCAAGCACAGAUGUGAGUGAGGACUGGGAGAAAGACUUUGACCUUGACAUGACAGAGGAAGAAGUCCAACUGGCACUCUCCAAAGUAGGAGCAUCUGAGGAGCUGGAUGAAGACUGGGAGAACUGGGACUGAGAGCCGCUGCAGCAGAAACUCGUGCCAUUAAUGCCAGUUCUCUUCUAGUGAACCAGGUCUAAUGUGUUUAAACUCUCUGUCCACACUUGUCACCAAGUCAUAAUUUUCAAUAGAAUAUUUUUCGGCCAGGUUUGGACAGUUAAGAUGAACCUGUUAAAAAAAACAACAACAAUGACUGGAAGGCCUAGCAUCGACUGUUACUGUCAGCUUAGUGGAGAUAGCUACUAGCAAAGGUAAUGGCUCAGGCCGUGCUUAUUUCACAAGAAACCUCUGGCUCAGAGAGAGAGAGAAACACUAUAAAAGAACAAGGUUGUAAUUAUUCUGACCUUAAAGACACAGUGGAAAGAAUGUGAAAGGCUCCAUUGUAGUUACAUGGCUGUUCUCCUUUUUCGCUUCAUUAAAUUCAAUAUGUAUAUUCUUUAAGUAUGUUAGUCUGGCAAAGACUUGCAGCAGCAGCAAAAAACCUAACUGUAGGUGCUGCAUGACUCCUUUCAGAGAUGAAAUACUGGGAAGAUAGUUUUUCAGUUGAUGAUAAAUUGCUGUAACAUUUUGAGUCGCCCUGACUUUCUUAUGAAAGUGAAUCUUCAAAAGCAAAUAGGUAUUUUGGCCUUCAUUCUCAGAGCACCUUUCACUUUGGAUGUACUUCCAAUUCUAGAUAUAUGGCCUUAUGAUACACGCAGCAACAUCAUUCACAUGUUUUUGUCACAAGCCGAUUCUCUGUAACCCAAACUACAUCUCUUGAUCUGUUCUUUUCCUUCUUGUCAUUAUCAUAUUAUUGAUUUGAAUAGAUCAGCUUGUUGCAGGCUACAUGUAGCUUGCUGUCUCUUCUUUGAGUUGUUUAUCAGUUUUUCUUAUUUGGGUAGAUGGAAUUAACUUAUUAACUUAAGUAAGAAAUCCUACUUUAUUCACAGAAUUUAAAAAAAUCAUCUUGUCAUGGUACUUGCUUGUUUGGCUUAAAUUUAGGUUACAAUCUGCUGGUAUUUACAUGUACAGUGGGAUUAUAAAAGAUCUAUAAAAAUGAUUUUCUCUGAGAAAAAUCAUCCAAGAGAUAUAAUUGUUAAACAUAGAUCAAUGCUUAUUAUUGUGUCUUGUGCUUUUGAUUGCAUGUCUGUGCAAUGACAUGCAAAACUUUGGGCACAGGGUUAUUGUUGAGUUGUGUUUUUUUGUUAAGACAUUGGCUGUUCUUCAAGUUUAUAUGUUGUAACAAUGUGUUGCAUGUCUAUAAUUCUGAGCUGUGUAUACCAUUCAGUUUCAUACAUUGAACUAAUCAAGGCUGAUCUACACAACUGUUUUAAAAACUGUCUAGUUCUUUUUUUAUGUUGAGUAUUUUCACGGUAUAUUUUAAAUGAUAAUGGCCAUUAAAGGAUUCAUGGCAAAAUAA